AUGGACGAAGAGAAACGGAGCGAAGCGUCGCCGAAACCGUCCCAGCUGACGCCGUUCAGUAUAGCGGACAUUCUCAGUCGCAGAACCUCUUAUCCGGACCACGAGCGACGAUCCUCGGAGUCCGACGAGACCCAGGGCGGUUCUUUGUUCGCGAAAAAAUUGGAGGUGGAUCGCAGAGAAGCUCGCAACGAGCUGGACCAGAGUCGGAUGACACGGUUCCCGAGGCUCCCGUCGCCGGAUCUGAACGUGGCCCGCGAGCUGGACAUUCUCACGAGGAACCUGGUUCACGCGAACAUCACGAACUUUGGUACCAUCCCGCACCUGACCCAGGGAACCUUCAAGCACCUGGAGACCCUGGGUAACAUGGCCGCCUAUCAGCCAGCCAAGGACUCCAGGGAGGCUUCUCAGAGACAGCAGGACGAGGCUCUGGACAUGAGCAAGAACAAAUAUCUCGAGGACGCGGAGGAGGACAUGUUCGAGGCGCAGAGCCACAACCAGAGUCACCAGAGCAGAAAGAAACGGAGCAGAGCGGCGUUCUCGCACGCCCAGGUCUACGAGCUGGAGAGAAGAUUCGCCGCGCAGAAGUACUUGUCGGGGCCCGAGAGGGCGGACCUGGCGCGGGGGUUGAAGCUGACCGAGACCCAAGUGAAGAUUUGGUUCCAGAACAGACGAUACAAGACCAAAAGGCGGCAGCAACAGGAACUGGGCGCCCUGGUUAAUUCCGGGAACGCGAGGCGCGUGGCUGUACGCGUCCUCGUGCAUCCGGACGAGCAUUUGAGGGGACUGCCACUUCGUGGUUCCGGCCAACUUCCCGGACAAAUCUCUGCACCGCAAAUUCAUCCCGCGAACAAAGCGCUCGGUGGUUUCCCAUACUACUGCCUCCCCUAUCAUCCCCUGCUCUGUCCGCCCCUUCACUCCGCUCAUAUUCAGGUGCAAAACACGAUCGCGCCGGACCUCGAUCCGAGCCAGCUCUCCAAAAUCAACGACGAGAAAUAA